AUGUAUUGAAAAAAUAAACUUUGCUCUAUAACUCCAGGCGGGCAGUCAGUUGGGACAGGAAGAUGCUGGAAGGCAGUGAUCGGGGGAGGAGGAGCGAAGAGCGAAGAGCUAGCGGGUCGAGGAGGCGAUGACCCCGUCGAGUACGGCCGCUCCAUUCACAACUCCACUUACGUAACGAAAACAGUCUCUCUCUCUCUUUCCCUCUCUAUCGCUCUCUCUCACUCCCUCUCCUCUAGCCGAUUUGCAUAA